CUGAAGCAGUAAUACGAGAAAUGAGUGAAGACCUUCAAAGCAUUUUGCGUUCCAACUUGGAUGAAGCACCUGCGAGGCGUCGAGCUCGUGAAGCUUUUAAGCAUAUUCAGUUAGCCCUUGAUCACUGUUUAUUUCGGUUGCCGGCAGAUGGUGUGAAGACGAAAGAGGUUUAUGAAGUGAACUCCAGAGGAUUAGAAAUAUUCUCCAAGAGUUGGCUUCCAGAAAGAGCUCCUUUGAAAGGAAUUGUCUGUUACUGUCAUGGUUAUGGAGACACUUGCACGUUUUUCUUUGAAGGAGUUGCGAGGAAGUUAGCAUCAUCAGAAUAUGGAGUAUUUGCAAUGGAUUACCCCGGUUUCGGUCUCUCAGAAGGUCUUCAUGGCUAUAUUCCUAACUUUGACGAUCUGGUUGACGAUGUCAAUGAGCAUUUCUCCAGAAUUAAGGAGCAAGCGGAAUAUAAAAACUUGCCUAGCUUCUUGUUAGGUGAGUCCAUGGGAGGAGCCGUUGCUCUGAAGCUGCACUUCAAACAACCUACUGGAUGGGAUGGUGCUGCUCUCAUCGCACCUCUCUGCAAGUUUGCAGAAGAUAUGCUUCCGCACUGGUUGUUGAAGCAGAUACUUAUUGGUGUUGCCAAAGUUUUCCCCAAAACUAAGCUAGUUCCACAAAAGGAAGAGGUGAAAGAGAAUAUAUUUAGAGAUAAGAACAAGAGAAAACUGGCACCAUAUAAUGUAUUACUCUACAAGGAUAAACCAAGACUAGGAUCUGCACUUGAGUUGCUUAAAGCCACACAGGAGAUAGAACAACGAUUGGAAGAGGUCUCUCUGCCAUUGUUGAUCAUGCAUGGAGAGUCUGACAUGAUAACUGAUCCGUCAGCUAGCAAGGCCUUAUAUGAAAAAGCCAGAGUUCAGGACAAGAAGUUCCGCCUCUACAAGAAUGCUUACCAUGAUCUACUUGAAGGUGAACCUGAUGAGACUAUAUCCAGCGUGCUUGAUGAUAUCAUAUCUUGGCUUGACAAGCAUAGCAGCAAACAAAACUCACAUUGAUCACCCUAUCAGAAGAGUUU